AAAAUAACUCAAAAUGUGAAACCGUGCUCACAAUCAGUGAUCUAAAAAAUCUGAAAUAUCUUAGGAAUAAACUAAAUAGUUGAUUAUCUAUGAUGCGUCAUGUGACAUAUUCAGUAAACAUCAAACCAUAUUCUUAUCAGUUAUUUCUAUUUUAUUUACUUUCAAUGUGCCCACUCUUUCCUCAGCGUACAUUUUGAAUAGUCAUCUGUCAUGCUCCAUAUUUUCAUCAAAUUUCAAUAUGUAUUGUUUCGGAUUAUUUUAUUUUUCAUUUUGAUCGGAGUAUGCUCCAGUUUUGAAUUAUUUGCUUCAAGUGAAAAAUGCAACGAUACUAGUGGGAAUCCGUUAAAUUGCCCCAGUAAUUUCAUAUACUACUUCGAAUGUUGUGCAAACGAAUGCUGCCUACGAACUCAGGUAGUACCCGCCGUGAUUAUCGCGAUUGGAGCAAUUUUCAUGACAGGUUUUUGUUUGGUAUCCUGUGUGGCGUACUGUUGUUGUGGAGAAUAACUUUUUUGAUUUGUAAUUUACUUAGACAAUUUGGAGGAGACUCCGAAUGUUUUAAGAGCUUUAAGUUUGGCAUUUUCAGUUUUUCUUGCAUAGAAUAAUCUUAUUUCUUUUGUACAAUCAUAUAAUUGUUCUGUAUAAAUAAUUUUGGUUUA